AUUUCUCUCUCGUAAAACUAAAUACCAGCCUCAAGCACAGCGAGAGAACCGAGGAAGAAGAGGAAGAGGCAAAACAAAUGGCUCUCAGGACAAAUUUCCAACCCAAGCUCUCUCCUUUUCUCUCGAAUCCCGUGAAGAAGGAUCCCAGAUCUCCACUGGUCUCCGUGGCUUCCACCGUCAGAUCCUCCAACAGGGUAGAUUCUUCAAAGAAGCUCUUCACUCCUCCCCGUGAGGUCCAUGUUCAAGUCACCCACUCCCUCCCCCCUCAAAAGAUUGAGAUUUUCAAAUCCUUAGAAGACUGGGCAGAAAACAAUCUCUUGGCACUUCUUAAGCCUGUCCAUACUAAUUGGCAGCCGCAAGAUUUUCUUCCAGAGCCUUCUUCAGAGGGAUUCUACGAUGAAGUAAAGGAUCUCAGAGAGAGGACCAAGGAGAUACCUGAUGACUACUUUGUUUGCUUGGUUGGAGAUAUGAUUACUGAAGAGGCUCUCCCUACAUACCAAACAAUGUUGAAUACUCUCGAUGGAGUCAGAGAUGAAACUGGUGCAAGCCUUACUUCUUGGGCUGUUUGGACUCGGGCUUGGACUGCCGAAGAGAAUAGGCACGGAGAUCUUCUCAAUAAGUAUCUGUACCUUACUGGAAGAGUUGACAUGAGACAAAUUGAGAAAACUAUCCAGUAUCUGAUAGGUUCAGGAAUGGAUCCGAGGACAGAAAACAACCCAUACCUUGGAUUCAUCUAUACAUCAUUCCAAGAGCGAGCAACCUUCAUAUCCCACGGAAACACAGCCAACCACGCCCGACAAUAUGGUGAUCUAAGGCUUGCUCAAAUUUGUGGCACAAUCGCUGCCGACGAGAAACGCCAUGAGGCCGCAUACACAAAAAUUGUAGAGAAACUCUUCGAGGUGGACCCUGAUGACACAAUGCUUGCUUUCGCCGACAUGAUGAGGAAAAAAAUCUCGAUGCCUGCUCAUUUGAUGUAUGAUGGUCGUGAUGAUAAUUUAUUUGGGAAUUUCUCAGCUGUUGCACAAAGGCUUGGUGUUUAUACUGCGAAGGAUUAUGCGGAUAUUCUUGAGCAUCUUGUUGGAAGAUGGAAGUUGGAGGGUAUUUUGGGGCUUUCAGGUGAAGGGAAAAGAGCUCAAGAUUUUGUGUGCACGCUUGCUCCAAGGAUUAGGAGGCUUGAGGAGAGGGCUGAGUCGAGGAAGACAAAGCGAGCGGAGAUGAUGCCCUUUAGUUGGAUUUUUGACAGGAAAGUGCAACUUUGAGGAUGAGAACAAUAUUUGUUUGAUUUUAUAUGUAGGUCUGUGAGGGUGUUUGUUAUAAAUGCAUGCAUUUUUUUUGUGUUGCAUGUCGGAGAGUUGGUUUGCUAGAGCCUUCAGAUGCUAUCUUUACGUUACAAUUUGUGAUGAGAAUGGUCUAUUAUGUUUUUGGGUGUAACUUCUCUGAAUGUCUAUGGGAAAACUUGUAUAUCAUGUAUUUUUUAAGCGUGA